AUGAAUGCAGAGCCUGAGAAGAAGUUUGGCGUGGUGGUGGUGGGCGUUGGCAGAGCCGGCUCUGUGCGGAUGCGAGACUUGCGGAGUCCACAUGCUUCCUCAGCAUUCCUGAGCCUGAUUGGCUUCGUGUCCAGACGUGAGCUCAAGUGCAUUGAGGAAGUCCAGCAGAUUUCUUUGGAAGACGCCCUUUCUAGCCAAGAGGUUGACAUUGCUUAUAUCUGCAGUGAGAACACCAGCCAUGAGGACUACAUCAGGCAGUUCCUUAAAGCUGGCAAGCAUGUCCUUGUGGAAUACCCUAUGACGCUGUCUUGGACAGCAGCUCAGGACCUGUGGGAGCUGGCUGAGCAGAAAGGGAGAGUCCUGCAUGAAGAACAUAUUGAGCUCUUGAUGGAGGAGUUUGCGUUCCUGAAAAAGGAAGUGGCAGGAAAAGACCUGCUGAAAGGAUCUCUUCACUUCACAGCUGGCCCACUGGAGCAAGAGCGGUUCGGUUUCCCUGCAUUCAGUGGCAUUUCUCGCCUGACCUGGCUCGUCUCUCUCUUCGGGGAACUUUCUCUUGUGUCUGCCACUUUGGAAGAGCGAAAGGAAGAUCAUUACCUGAAAAUGACUGUGUGCUUGGAGACAGAGAACAAACGUCCGCUGACGUGGAUCGAAGAGAAAGGGCCUGGUCUAAAACGAAACCGACAUUUAAGCUUCCAUUUCAAGUCGGGGUCCCUGGAGGAUGUGCCACAUGUAGGCGAUAAUAAGAAUAUUUUCCUGAAAGAUCAGACUAUAUUUGUCCAGAAACUCUUGGGCCAGAUUUCUGAAGCGGAACUGGCUGCUGAAAAGAAGCGCAUCCUGCACUGCCUGUGGCUCGCGGACGAAAUCCAGAAACGCUGCUGCUGA